AAUCAAAUGGUGCAGUUUGACCUGAGCACUUGAAACAUUGUUGUCCAUUGAACUGUAUUUAGAUAGUACAAUGCUAUUUUAUGCUACAAGACUUCAAACCUUUUUUCCCUCACAGAAACUGUCUUUUAAAUUGUGCAGCCUAUCGCAUGCUAGAUUACACUUUAUCACAACAGAAUUGAUCAAACCACUUGACCGAUCACUAUGGUACUCUACUAAAACUUCCAUUAAAAGCCCUUUAAAAGCCAAGUCCAAAUAUAAAUCUUUUCAACUCAAGAAACUAUUACCCAAAGACUUUAAACCUUUUCCCAUUCCUAAAAACAAAAAAAUAAGAUGGACUCAAGACGAAGACCAGCGCUUAAUGCUAUUGUAUGCCACUAGAAAACAAAAAUUAUCUGGGUUCAAGGAAGCCAGUCAAACUCUCUUGGAUCAUUUUUCUGCUCAGUUUCCUAAUCGUACGACGGCUGCUGUUACUAGCCGAUUGUAUUAUCUGAGGCACAGGUUUUCAACCAUCUCGACCAAAUUGAACGAGAGCGAAGUAAAGUUUGUUUAUGAUCAGAUUGACUUGCAAAAGCUAGAACAUCAAGCUCAUGCCGAUGCUGUUGCAAGGGGUGAGCCAGUCAAGGAUUUAAAGGUGCAUCAUAAACGAAAAUGGGCAGAUGGUGAGUUUAGACCAAACUGGGAGGCUAUUGCAAGACGUCUUGGCCGGCGUGGGGCAGAGUUGAAAAAUCAAAUAAUAGGUCUUCAUAGUCCAGCCACAAAAAAGGGGCCUCACUCAAAGAGCGAAGUUGACUAUAUGGUGAAAGAGUGUAAAAAGGCUGCCAAAAAAGGAGAGCAAGUCAACUGGACAGAGUGUGGCAGACAUUUGAAUCGAUUGCCUUCCCGGCUGUUUAAUAGCUUCAGCAAAUUGUUGUACUAG